UCGCCGGGUUGAAGAAUUAUGACAUAUUAUUCAAUAUUUAUAGUUUGAAGAUUUUAAAGUAGAACUUCAAGUAUGGAGACAAACAACGCCAAUCGGGCACCGGGAGAGACACGGCCUCCAAGUGCUAAUUCAUACGGUACGGAGUCCUCAGGAUUAGCCCAACCUGCUCGUCCAACAUUAAAUAGAGCUGAUUCAAGGACAGCCUUUCCUCAGCAGUUGUUAAGACCAGGAGUCCCACCGCAAGCUCAACCAAGACCUCAGUUUCAACCAGGAGGGCAGGUCACUAGCCCACCACAACUUGCACCUCGUCCAGGGACACCGCUACAACGAGGUCCAGUGCCAUCGGGACAAUCUGUACCGCAACAACCACGACCACAGCAGCCUCCAUUGCGACCAUCUGGUCCCCAUUCUAUAGCUCCACAGCAGGGGCCGAGACCUCUUCAACCGGUUAAUACUCCUCAGCCACUACAAAGAGGUCCACCGCCUAAUAAUCUUCAAUUUGGUCCUAGACAACCACCGAUAUUUGGUACUGCUACCACUCCAGACGCUGCAAGACCACAAAUACCGCAACAAUUUAACGGUGCUCCUAGGAACGGUUCGCCUGCUUCUGGGGCAGUAUCAUUGUCCCGACAAACAACGGAAAGCUCUGCAAAGGGCUUGAAUUAUACAAAUCCGCAAAAUAAACCAGUCAACCUGGAUAAUCAAAGUGCUUCAAAUGAAUUUCAAGCCAUCAAUAAGACCGAAAAUGGCAUUGAAAUUCCUGGAGUUAAUAAAGGCAGAAGUUACAGCAUUGCUGCCGCUCCUGGGUCUCCUAACCCAUUUAAACUGGACGAAGAUCGACGAAAAUCUGUCAGUUCCAUAGGUGGAAAGAUGGAAGAAUUUUGUAGUCGCAGUCCGGGAUUGGGCUUGAUUCAAGAGGGAAAAAUUGAUAGUAGAGAUAACAUACGCAGCUCUAAAGAAAGCAUUAGAUCAGAAGCUUCUAACGACGGAGGAAAAGAUAUACCCGAUCGUCCGGAAUCGAGACUUUCUGGUUCGAAAAUGACUGAAUCAUUUAUAGGGUCAUUGUCUAAUUCAAAUAUUAAGAAAAAAAAUGACGACGAUGAAGAUGUGGUCUUGCAAAACAACUUGACAUCAAUUAAAAAUGGAAAGGAGGCGGCAAAUAAUCAGCAGAAAAAUGAAUUUUUGGAUCGUUCACCUUCAUUGACCCGAAGUGAUGACUCGCCCGAACCGAAACAAUUUGUUUCAAAUAGUCCUGCGCCAAUAAAUAAAUCUCAAAGUGUAACACCAGACCCCCAGCGUCCUAAAACACCUAAACUCGAUAUAAAACUGGAUUCAAAUAAAGAUGUUAAAUCACCAGUAACACCAAGUAAAAUUACUUCAAAGUCACCAGUGUUAGAAUCCCAUUCAUUCAAUAAAAAGCAAAUUGAUUUAAAUAUGCCCAUAACGCCAACAGAUUCUAAGAAAUCCACUCCUCGAAGAGUAGCUUCAGCACCAAAAACUAGGCCUAAAGAAGGCGACAAUGACAGUGGGGUAGAUGAAUCCACACAAGGAAAUGACCUGAAUGGUUCUCCAGGCUCUCCAAAUAAAAGUAAGGUGCCGACCAAAUUACCAACCAAAGAAAAAUCUAGCAACAGUCUCAAGCCCAGUUUGUCUAGAUCCUCAAGCAAAAGUGCUACUGCUAAAACACCAGAGAAUCCUCUGCCUACAGAAAAGAAAAAAGUCCCUAUGAAUAAAGUACAAGUGGGCAACGCGCCCUCGCCCAACAUUAAAACAGUAAAAUCAAAGAUCGGUUCUCUUGAUAACGCAACCUAUAGACCUGGAGGAGGCAAAAUAAAGAUUGAAAACAGAAAAUUAGAAUUCGGAAAUGUGACACCCAAAAUUGCAGCUAAAAAUGAUGCUUAUACUCCCAGUGGUGGUAGCAAGAAGAUCGUAACCACAAAAUUGGAAUGGAAUGCUAAAUCUAAAAUCGGUUCCCUCCAAAAUGCUGCAUACAAACCAGGUGGUGGUGAUAAGAAAAUUGAAACAGUCAAACUCGAUUUCAAAGAUAAAGCGAAGCCCAAGGUAGCGUCGACGGUCAACAUCACUCACAAACCAGGCGGAGGAGCAGUCAAGUCAACAGUUACAAAGAACGGAACGAGAGCCAUUGAAAAUCAAAAAUUGGAAUUCAAAGCACAAAGUAAAGUGGGUUCGUUGGACAAUGUAAAACACAAACCAGGAGGUGGUGAUAUCAAAAUAUUUGACGACAAGGAGUAUAUCAAGCAGAUGGGUGGUCAGUCGCCAGUUCCAGAAGGCUACAAUCGCUCGCAGCAGGAGAGUCCCCUGCCACCGACAGCGCAGCAACCAAAAUCUGACGAGAACUUGAAUCAACAGCAGUGUUAAGGAACACUCUGGAAGACUUCUUAUUUUCAGAAUUCGACAUUAAUUUUUAUAAACAAAAGUCCAAUUUUGUACAUUUUUUUUAUCUUUGUUAAUGUUUACAGUUUGAAUGAUUAUAGAGUGCUUGUUAUUGUAGCAAUGGAUGUUCGGGAUUAUGUCAUAUUCAGCGUCAAUGAUAUUAACAUAUCUUUUGACAAUAUGUUGUGAAUUAUUUCAUUAAUCACUGGAUGUUUUUAUUGAAUCAAUUAUUGUUACAGUCUAUGUUGUAUAAGUGUAACGGAAAUAUAAAUCUAGGUACAAUUUACAUGUGUUUUAUGCGUAACAUUAAAUAUUUGCUUUUGAUAAUAAUUAAUUUGCCUAAAUACAUACUUAGGUAAUAGAUAUUGAUUUCUAAGUAUAUCAUGUGCGUGCCAAUACUUAAGAAUAUUACCCGCUACUUUUCUAAUAGCAAUUCCUUGGUUUUGAUACUGAACAUUUCUGUUAUUAUACUUACAAUAACGUUGAAAUACAAUCACUUAAGAUGCCACAUUGUAAUCUUUAUUAAUAAAUAUACCAACAAGAAUAUAAUAAAUUGGACAUCUACGAUAAGUUAUUGAUAUUUGAUAGGAACACAAAAAUAUUUAUUACCGCUAAUGUUAAUAAUUGGUAUUUGAAAGUGAUAUUUAUGUAAUUCACUAUUAUUAAAUUGUCUGUAGCUAUAAUAUAAUAAGUAUUGGCGCUUUUACAACACUUUUGUUACCUUCGUAGAUGCGUGCACUGAUAGAGUAUAUCCAUAAUUUGGAGUGUUAAGGUAGGGCGAAGUUCUUGACACAGCAAAAAGUCAUUAAAGCAACACAAUAACUUUUAUAGAGAAACUCAUAAUAAUCAGAUUUAUAGGAGAUUGUUGACCUUGUCUGAACUUUUAAAGAUAAGGUACGGAGGUAGACUUUGUAAAAAGUUGCGUAUGUACCUCUGUCUCUCCUACUUCUCAUAUUUCUCUGUCUCAUCUUACAACUGAGUUUCUAGGAACACGAUAUAGAAGCAUGACAUUUUAGUCCUUUUAAAUGACAACUUAUAAAUAGUAUCGCGGGCGUCGCAUGAUAACUUGAUGCCCGUGGAUGAUGAUUACCACUUACCAUAUCAAGUGGAACGCCAGCUUGUACGCUAUUCCAGUUACAUAAAAAACUGUUUUUAAAUUAAUCUGAAAUUAAGUAAUCUGGAACGUGUUUAUAUUUGAGUUUGCGUAAUGAUUUUAUGGAUACUAGUACAGAAAAGUUUUUUAAUUUUAUAAAACUGGAUAUUUGCUUAUUUGCUGUGAUGAGAAUGGAAUGGGCUCGAGAUCGACUGACCAGAAUCAUAAUAUGAUUAUAAUAAUAAGUAAAUGUUUUAUAAAUGUAAUUACUAUUACCUACACCUAAGAUAGCUUUAGAUAGUGCGUAUCAAUCUAUUAUAACAAUUUUCGUUAUUAUAUUUCCGUUAAAAUCCCAUUUUUGUUAAAAAUGUUCUUAUUAAGUUUAAAGUAGGCAACAUCUUUGUGUCCUUAUAAGGACGCGUAUUGUUAUUUUACCUUGUAUUUGCUUUUAGCUUUUAUAAAACACAUCGCGCCUUACUUUAGAAUUUGUCAUUCAAAAUUGUCUCGAGUUACAUUCAUUGUGUUACACUACUUUUUAAUUUCAGACUCAUAACCUUAAAGGUACCUGCUGUUUGUUAUUAUUUAUGUUUGUGCUAAUUAUGAUACAUACCGCAAAUUGACUCGAAGUUAUUAGUAUAUUGAAAUAUUAGUAUAUUAUUUCUAAGUAGGUAUAAUAUUUUGUGAAAGCAAGGAACGUCUAUAUACAAUUAGUAAUCAUUGAAUAUAAUUUAA